GGGAUGAUUCUGUCCCAGAGGAUAAUAUUUGGAGGGGUAUCCUCUCUGUGAUUUUCUUCUUUCUAAUCAUCAGUGUUCUAGCUUUUCCUAAUGGGCCCUUUACACGUCCCCAUCCUGCAAUAUGGAGAAUGGUUUUUGGUCUCAGUGUGCUCUAUUUUCUGUUCCUGGUGUUCGUGCUCUUCCUUAACUUUGAGCAGGUAAAAGCAGUGAUGUACUGGCUGGAUCCUAAUCUUCGAUAUGCCACAAGGGAAGCAGAUAUUAUGGAGUAUGCUGUGAACUGUCAUGUUAUCACCUGGGAGAGAAUCCUCAGCCACUUUGAUAUAUUUGCUUUUGGGCAUUUCUGGGGCUGGGCUAUGAAGGCUUUGCUGAUCCGCAGCUAUGGGCUGUGCUGGACUAUUAGCAUCACCUGGGAGCUCACUGAGCUCUUCUUCAUGCACCUUCUGCCUAAUUUUGCUGAAUGCUGGUGGGAUCAAGUCAUUUUGGACAUCCUGCUUUGUAACGGGGGUGGCAUCUGGUUGGGCAUGGUAGUUUGUCGUUUCUUGGAGAUGAGGACCUAUCACUGGGCAAGCUUCAA